AUGCACUACACAACCUUCCUCCUCGCGGCCCUCUCCCUCACACUCACCUCCGCGGCCGUAAUUCCGUCCAACGGCGUUAUCCCGCCCAACGGCGUCCCCGGCGGUAUCCCCCCUCCCACCCUUCGCAAGACCAACGUCGCUCCAGCAACCGCAAACUUCGGCACCUCUCUCGAUCACUGCAUGGAGCUCCUCCAAGCACACAACAGCGCCGGUAACGCCGCUGUGCCAACAGUCGCCGACGCAUCGGCGGACAUCACCAAGUGCGGAAGAUGCCUGAAUACCGCGGACCUGGCGUGCGGGCAGAAGGGGUACACGAGGAUGGAUCAGAUCUCUGACCGCCUGAUGCAGUGCUAUGUGUCGUUCUGGCCUCAGUCAAAGUGUGCGUAA